AUGCUGCUCAUCGACCUUCCUGUCGAGCUUUUGACAUACAUCCUCGAUCCUCUUGUCCCAGACGGCUGGAACAAUAGUACCGCUCGCCCGAAGCUACUUGACCUGAGGCUUGUUUGCAGCCGGUUUGACGAUGUUGUCUCGCGCCAAGCAUUCCAAAAGCUGGACCAAGCUCACUUGCGCGAGAGAUUCAGCCGCGUGAGAGAGGAGAGUUUCGGAUGGUUCCUAGCUACGAAAGUCAAGAUCGACCGCGGAAUCUAUAUGGGACCCACGGCAAAUCUCUGGAUGUCGGUACAAUCCAUCGCCUUUUGGAAGGCAUGCAAUUCCGAGGCUACUGGGGAGGAAGAAUACCUGAAUGCCGCGUGCGACAUGCUGGUUACAUAUCACGGCCGGGAGUGGGUGUGCCAGGAGUUGCUGAGUUCCGAUCGCGAUUUGAUUGCUCAGUCUCCCCCCAAGACCGAGGGUUCUGAAGAUGGAGACGAGGAGUCGAGCCUGCUGCGUCACCGAGCAAUAGAGGACAUGGUGUCCUCCUCCAGUCUUCAGGUGGCGGCGUACUACGGAGACAAGUCGAUCGUGGAAACGCUGCUGGCGAGCGGGGCCGAUCCAAACAAGCCGAGCGACCAUUUCCCAUGUGCCUUGCUUGCUGCUUGCUACAACGGUCAUACAAUCAUCGCUCGCCUUUUGGUCGACCACGGAGCCGACCCAGAAGAGCGAGGACGCAUCACACCGCUGGAGGCAGCGACAGGGCAUGGGCACGUCGCCACGAUGGAAUUUCUGUUGCGGAGGGGAGUCCACAAGAAUAACACCGACAUACCCACAAAGUGCCUGGUCACUGCGUCUGAGGCCGGAUAUGAGGAGGCCGUGGAGCUGCUGUUGAGACUGAGUGACGUUGACAUCAACACGAAUUCCACCGGAGAGACUCCUCUCUUGCUCGCAGCCAGGAACGGGCACCGGGAAGUGGUGAGGUUGCUCCUGUCGCGGCAUGAUGUCCACGCCAAUGCCAGUGAUGCCCAAGGCCAUACCCCAUUGUGGUGGGCAACAUCUCACGGAUGGAUUGACAUCGUCCAUCUCGUCCUUGCGCGCCCAGGCGUCCGACACCCGAAUCCAAGGACAAAGGGCGCCGAAACUUCACUCACCACGGCAGUUUUCAGGGGAUACGGAGAGAUCGUGCGACUGUUGAUCGAGCUGGGUGGUGUGCAGCCCAGGUUCAGAUCUGGCAAUGGCAUGUGCCCUCUGUUCAUUUCAUCGUUUAGAGGCUAUGGGGACGUCGUGAGGCACCUCCUGAAACGAUACGACGCCCAGCUCAAUGAGCACGGGUAUGACGAGCAUCUCGGCAAGCUGCUAACCAUUGCGGCGAUCAAAGGGCAUGAGAGCGUUGUAUUGCCAUUACUUGUGCGUCAUGAUGUCGACUUCAACACAGAGGACGAGAGGGGCCUAACCCCCCUGUCGAAGGCGGUAUGCAACGACCAUAUCUCGGUGGUGCAGCUUCUCCUGUCUCGGAACGACGUGGAUCCCAAUGCCCCCUGGAACGGGGAGGAGAGACCGUUGCGCUAUGCGGCCUCCCAGGGAAAUAUGGCGAUGGUACGGCUACUCUUGACCAGAAGCGACAUCGACCCAAAUUUGAGCGGCAACGGUGGUACACCACUAUGGCAGGCAGCCCGCUUGGGAUAUCCCGAUGUUGUGAGGCUAUUGCUGGAGAGAGUGGGCGUAGACCCCAACGUUGCAUCAGAGGGCCACUCACGGAUAUCUCGUUCACCAGUGAGGAACAAGGAGGCACAUUUGGACAAAACCUAUCGUUUUGAGUGGACAGUACAGUCUGCCGGGCUCGACACUCCCCUCUGCGUCGCCUCAUGGAGAGGCCAGGAGGCUGUCGUGGAGUUGCUCCUAGAGGACAGGCGUGUCAAACCAAAUUUGCCCGACAUCCGUCGACGGUCGCCGCUGUGGUGGGCCAGCUUUGGAGGAAAUACUGGCAUUGUGAGUCUCUUGCUGGGCCAUCGCAGCAUAGACCCCAACCUUCAUGACAACAGACGCUGGACGCCGUUGUCUGUGGCAGUGAGCGAGGGCCAUGAUGAGGUUGUGGAACUGCUGUUGGAACAUGCCAACACGGACCCGAACUUUGCCAACGAGGAUGGGUGGACGCCGUUGCUCAUGGCCGCGAACGAUGGGCAUGAAGGCAUAGUGGAGCGACUGUUGCAGCAUCCAGCCAUCGACGCGGAUGUGAGGCUGGACCCUCGUACGACGGCUUUGGUGCUCGCUCUGCAGCGUGGGCACGACAGGGUAGCUCGCUUGUUGGUGGAGCAUGACUUGGGGACAUGGCCGGUGGAGCGAGUCUUCAAAGGCACGGAACGAGCAUCUGGUGGCGGAAACUGA